AAGAUUUUAUCUCUACUCUAUUCAACUACCACGAUACCUACCCAAUCCAGAAGAAGUUGUUGCCUGUGAAGGAUGCCUUCUGCAGCGAAUGCAAAGUGUGAAAAACCAGCUUCUUCGGAAGCAACGGAUAACUCACCUAUCCGGCAAGUUAUGACCAUUCUUGAACACAAAAUCCGCAACUUAGAGAAAAGAAAGAGCAAGCUAACAUCGUACCGAGACCUGCAAAAAGCGGGUAAAGAGCUGAAUGGCGACCAGAGGGUUGCUGUAGCAAAGUAUGAUGAAGUCAAUCAGACAUUGGAGUUUGCUCGUGAGCUUUCUAAGCAAGUUACUGCAGUAGCCACAGUAGCUGAGAGGGAAGCCAAGAAGCAAGCAAAGAAGGAUGCAUGGGUUCGCUACACAGCAGAGACCAAUAAAAUACGGGAAGUACUGCUUGUUUUGGAUUGUCUGAUGCAAAUGGGUAACACAGAAGCAAGGGAAGACUUUCUUAAUGGAACUAAUGGGGCAGCCAAACUGACAGAGCAGGACUUAAAAAUUUUGGAUGAUCUGUACCCAGAGGUGACUCCCAAACAUGAAGUCAAUGAAGAAGGUCAACCUGGAUUCCACACUUACACAAUGAAAGCAGCAGAACACUUGUAUGCUAUCAUUGAUGGCAAACCAAAAGAUUUUUUGGGGACAACUUACGCCCACAUUAAGGAAAUCAUAAGCGCAGUUUACGAAUGUGGUUACUUUGAUAAAUCUGAAGAAAUCAUUGUAGUGCCAGAGCCGGUAGAGUGUCAGGUUAUGCCUGAACAAGAAGAGCCGGAGCCUGUGCUGGAAUUGGAGGAGGUCGAGAACGUGCAGCCGAUAUAUGCGCCGCCGACGCAGUUGCCUGCGCCGCCCGCCCCGCCCGCGCCCACCGCAGUGCCCACGCCUGCCUACACGCUGCGCGCUCUACCACCCAUCACUCUGCAGGAAGUCGAGCACGCUUACUUCGCGCAGCAGUACCCACAACAGAGACCCAUCUCAGAAGUAAUCGGCUCACAAAACUUUUUCUUUCUUCAGGAGUCUGAAAUCGACAGUCCCGUCGGUACUCCUCAACCACCCCCAAUUUUGAACCAACAGCCUUCACCCGGACCUAUACCUACCCAGACAUUUACCAACCAACAUUAUGUGAUCCCUGGCAGUCGUGUCCCUGAGCCAGGCACAAUACCAAUGCCGCCACAACCUCACUUCCCGCCACACCCCGAUCAAGUUGCAUACCAAGGGGUCCCCAUUCCCGCACCGAUGGCUGCCCACCCAGUAGUGCAUGGGCCUCCGCAACCCGGCCCGCCGAUGCAGCAGGUGCCGCAACCUAUCCCUCAUCAGAUCCAUUUUGAACAACAGAUUCAAAUUCAGCCUGAAGAAAGGAAUCUUUCAACUCCCAUUGAAGAUAAGAUCGAGGAGGAUUCAAAAGAGAGCAGAAGCCCUGAACGCGACGACGGAGACCGUAAAACUCAAGGCCAAGGCGACGGACAGAACCGGUUUAGGAGGUACCGCGGCAGCGGCAGGGGAUCGUCAAACGGUUUUCGCGGCCGCGGCUCCUUCCAGAACAGACAAAACAAUGAUAACUAUCACGGAAGACACGGAGAUUAUCAAAGUAGGCCAAACAAGGAGGGAUACCGACAGUAUAGUGAUAACUAUCAGAGCAGACACGGUAAAGACAAUUAUCAAAACAGAAGUGGCAAUGAUGCUUACUACGGUAAUGGCGACACAGGUGACUCGCAUCACAACGAGAACGGCGGCCGCGACCGAUACAACGACAACUCGCAGGGUUACCAGGGGUUCAAGAGCCGCGGCAGAGGAGGCCAACGAGGCACCGCCCGCGGAGCGCCCCGCGUGCCGCGGCCGCACCAGUACAACCGCAAACCGGAAAACGUAGAAUAACUCACUAGAGUGUAUCUAUUAACGGGACUAAAUCAUUCGUGGAAGGCAAAUUUCACCGGCAACAACGCGCUGUGGUAACAACAAACAAGAGAUUACAGUGUAAAAAUAAAUUAAAAUAAUUAAAAAACAAAAAACAAUAAAAAAAAAAGUAAAAUAAUAAAACUUGAAACUGAAAUAAAAAAUAAGUUACAUGAAUUUAGAUGUAUGAUAUAUGCGAUUAUUGUAAGUUACGUUAAUUCUAGAUUCUUGUAUAGAUUUUGUCAACCAUAUGUGACUAACGUGUCGCGGUGCUCUGAGUGUAAGCGAAGCGUCUGGCAUUCGUCGCUAGAACCUCGAGCGUGCGCCCUGGUGAUAAUUUAAGUACAGGAAAUGUGCUCACUGACAAUUAUUUGCCCUGUGAUGGGACUCCUACAAAUCUCAUAAUGUAUGCGAAUACAAUUCAUUUCAAAAUUAAAUUACAAUAACUUGUGUUUUUAGUUUUUUAAAUUGGAUACUAAAUCUUUUUUGUACUUGACAAAAGUACUGAAUAGUUUUAAAGUUGUGCUGAAAUUUUAUUUAAUUUUGCUACACUUGCUAUGCUAAUUUUUGAGAUUUUUUUUAUCUUUCACUAACAUCAGUAUAAUCAGCGACUUGAUCAAGAGUUGAAAUACGUACAAAUUAAAUUUAACUUGUCGCUGUAAUGUGAUUGUUAUUUGAUUCCAAGCUUCCCAUUUGUUUACAAUGUUUCUCAUAGCUGAAGAGCUGGUGGAAAAUGUAUUAAGGUGCUUGGUCAAAGUUGAGUUUCUUCUUGCUGUUGAGUUAGCUUACCUUGUCAAAUAUAAAUAAUGCGUUCAGCUGUACUGCUCUAUUUUGGUCAGUUGAUGGGGAAAUCUAAACGAAACUUGUCAUCAUAAAACGUUUUUUAAAUUAACUUUUACUCUAUGAACCUACUGUGAACCUGUCAGGAUGUCAAGACGGGCCCCGUAUUCUGUUUUUACUGCACUGGCAACAAGAUGCAAACCGGUUAUCUACAUAAAAACGCAUAAUUUGACAGCGCCGAUUGUAUACUCAUCACAAUUUUUUAUGGAGAUAAUAGGUCGCCAUCAGUUACUAAUUGUCAGAAAAGUUACUGUGCCGAUCAAGCUACACGCAUGCGAGAAACUCGGGGAACAGUGACAACUGCUUUUACCUAGAACCUUAGAAUCUCCCACCGUCUCUUCGGCCAUCAAUAGAGGAGAGGCUGUGUGCAAGAAAAUUAAAGUAUUCUAUGAUCA